CACUCCCUCUCUUCCUAUAUAUAUAUCCCUCAAUCUUGUUUCCGAUCUUCAUCCAUCCACCACAAUCGCCUCCCUUGCUCUCCAAUUUCAAUGGCUUCUUCCUCCUCCACCUUAUCUCACUCCUCUGGCGAGAUCCAUCUUUUCGUCGGUCCCAUGUUCGCCGGUAAAACCACUUCCCUUCUCCGUCGCAUCAAGUCUGAGGUUGACACUGGCAGGAAUGUGGUCAUGUUAAAAUCAAGCAAGGAUACAAGGUAUGCAAUUGACUCUGUUGUAUCUCAUGAUGGUGUCAAGUUUCCUUGCUGGGCAUUGCCAGAUCUUAUGUCUUUCAAAGAAAAGUAUGGUCAUGAGGCUUAUCAAAAGUUGGAUGUGAUUGGUAUAGACGAGGCUCAGUUUUUCGAGGAUCUAUAUGAUUUUUGCUGCAAGGCUGCUGAUGUUGAUGGUAAAAUUGUUGUUGUAGCAGGCCUAGAUGGUGAUUACUUGAGGAGAAGCUUUGGCUCAGUGCUUCACAUAAUACCACUUGCUGAUACAGUGACCAAGUUAACAGCUCGUUGUGAACUAUGUGGGAAACGUGCUUUCUUUACUUUGAGGAAAAAGAUAGAAGAGACACAGACUGAACUAAUUGGUGGUGCUGAUCUCUACAUGCCAGUUUGCCGCAAUCAUUACAAGAACAGUCAAGUUGUCAUGGAAGCUGCAAGGAGUGUCCUUGAUCUCAAAAAGUUAUAAGUGAUUCACUUCUUGAGGCAGCAGCUCCAGUUGUUUAGUAAACUAUAGGAUUUGCCUUGUAAGAUGUGUGUUCAUGUUUCUUUGAGCCUGAUCAGCCUAUUGUGCUGUCAACCGGUUUGUUCAACAAGCCCUGUUGAAUUGAGCUUAACAUAAUUUACUUGUUAUAGGAUUCGGAUCCUCGCAUGAUUAUGUGUGUAAUAUAUAUAAUACUGGGGCUUCUUUAUGCUCCUUUUUCUUUGUUA